ACCGAAUACGUGAAGGACCGCACCUCCGCCCGCCAACGGCGACCAGCUCCCUUUGUCUGACCCUACUGCAGAGCGCCCGACGACGCUGCACCCGCCCCAACUGCGGUUUGCGACCCUGCGAGCGCAACUGAUCAAGCGCCCCACCCACCGUCGUCAUGGUCCGCAACAUCGUGGUGAUCGGAGGCUCGUCGCACCCCGAGCUCACCGCGACGAUAUGUAACCAUCUGGGAAUACCGCCGGCGAAGGUUCUUCUUGCCAAGUUCGCCGUCGGCGAGACCCGAGUCGAAAUCGAGGAGAGCGUGAGAGGGAAGGAUGUCUUCAUACUUCAGAGCGGAGGAGGCAAGGUGAAUGAUCACCUCAUGGAGUUGAUGAUCUGCAUAUCAGCCUGCAGAACAGCCUCCGCAAAGCGGAUAACUGCAGUGCUCCCUCUCUUUCCGUACUCCCGCCAGAGCGACAUCCCGUACAACAAGACCGGCGCGCCGCUCUCGAAAAUCCCAACUCAACACAGCCGGCAGGGCACAUACACAUUCGACAGCAGACCUCAGACGCCAUACCCGGGACAGCAGGAGAGCGCAGGUCUGUCCAAUGGCACCGCAACCCUCGACCGCCAGCUCGGGCGCUUGAAGAUGAAGGACGAGCGCAAUGGCGACGCGGCACCCAUGAGCCCGGUGAAGCGCAGCGAUACAUUGGACUCGAGACACUCAGACGGCAAGUCGGACAAGUCGGAGAAGAGCUACGUCAACCAUAAUGGCGUCAACGGCGUCAACGGGAUAACAAAGCCCACGACAAAGCCGCCGCAGUUCGAGCCCCAGCCGGGCUACAAGCAAUGGGUCGCGCAGGCCGGCACACUCAUCGCAGAUCUCCUCACCUGUGCAGGCGCGGACCACGUCAUUACCAUGGACCUCCACGAUCCGCAAUACCAGGGCUUCUUCGACAUUCCCGUCGACAACCUCUACGGCCGCCAUCUCCUCCGCAAAUACAUACAAUUCCAGAUCCCAGACUACCAGCAAGCAGUGAUUGUGAGCCCGGAUGCCGGAGGCGCAAAGCGAGCCACAGCCAUUGCCGAUGCGCUUGGAAUGCCCUUUGCGCUGAUCCACAAGGAGCGCCGGCCUACCCAAAUCACCGAUCGCCAGAAUGCCACCAUGAUGCUGGUCGGAGACGUCGCCGACCGCACCGCGAUCCUCAUCGAUGAUUUGGCCGACACUUCGAACACAAUUACGCGAGCCGCGAAGCUGCUGAAGAAAGAGGGCGCCACGAAGGUGUAUGCGCUUAUCACGCACGGCAUUCUGAGCGGCGACGCCAUCGACCGCAUCAAUGCCAGCGCGCUGGACAAGGUUGUCGUGACGAAUACCGUCGAUCAGACGGACCACAAGCGGCGGUGUUCCAAGCUCGAGGUGCUCGAAGUCGGCAACGUCUUCGCUGAGGCCAUCCGACGCGUGCACCACGGAGAGAGCAUCAGCGUGCUUUUCGACUACAGCUAAUCCUCUGCGGGUCAGAAUCUGCUCUUUGGAUAGUUGGGCACCCUCACAUGUCUUUCCAUCUUUAUUCCCAUAUCCCCCUGCAUACACAUCAUCCGGUCUUACUGGAAGGAACGGUCCUUUCCCAGCCCAUAAUGCCAUGCCUUGAUCAUUUCCCCUGCUGCCGGAGCAUAGAAAACCUGAGAUAUACCUAGAGAGCAAGUUGGUGGGGCUGCUGUGUAGAAAAAGUCGUCGUGUUUCUAUCAAGCAAAUGCGACUGUGCUGUUUGUUUUUUCUUGCAUUGACUGCUGAGGAGCAGGAUGAGAGUACGCACCUUGCAUGUCUGCAUAACGCUCAACGCG